CCAGCGGCCAGACCCGCUGACGGGCGAGCGGGCGCUGGACCAUUGCGCCGGCUGGCGCGGCACCUGCGGGCAGAAGCAUCCGGCUGCUGCAGAGCCCCGACGACCCGACUCCGAGUUGCCGCUGAGAUGAGCGCAGUGUCGGAGCCCCAGGCCACUCACGGGCCCCUGGAGAAGCCGCCCAGCACGGCGAUCCUGUGUAACACGUGCGGAAACGUGUGCAAGGGGGAGGUGCUGCGCGUGCAGAACAAGUACUUCCACCUGCAGUGCUUCGUCUGCAAAGCGUGCGGCUGCGACCUGGCCGAGGGCGGCUUCUUCGUGCGGCAGGGCGAGUACAUCUGCACACGGGACUACCAGACGCUGUACGGGACCCGCUGCUUCAGCUGCGACCAGUUCAUCGAGGGUGAGGUGGUGUCUGCGCUGGGCAGGACCUACCACCCCGACUGCUUCGUGUGCGCUACCUGCCGGUUGCCCUUCCCGCCUGGGGACCGAGUGACCUUCAAUGGGAAGGAAUGCGUGUGUCAGAAGUGCUCCCUGCCCAAGUCAGCGGGCACCAGCGUGCACCUGUCCCAGGGCCUCUGGAGUUGCGGGGGCUGCGGUGCAGAGAUCAAAAACGGCCAGUCCCUGGUGGCCUUGGACAAGCACUGGCAUUUGGGCUGUUUCAAGUGCAAGACGUGCGGGAAACAACUGAACGCGGAGUACAUCAGCAAGGAUGGGCUGCCCUACUGUGAGGCCGACUAUCACACCAAGUUUGGGAUCCGCUGUGACGGCUGCGAGAAGUACAUCACGGGGCACGUGCUGGAGGCGGGGGAGAAGCACUACCACCCUCUGUGCGCACUAUGCGUCCGGUGCGGCCGGAUGUUUUCGGAAGGCGAGGAGAUGUACCUGCAAGGCUCCUCCAUCUGGCACCCGGCGUGUCGGCAAACAGCGAGGACUGAAGACAAAAACAAGGAAACCAGAACUUCUUCAGAGAGCAUCAUUUCUGUACCUGCAUCCAGCGCCUCCGGGUCCCCGAGCCGCGUGAUCUAUGCGAAGCUGGGCGAUGAGAUUCUUGACUACCGAGACCUGGCCGCCCUCCCUAAGAACAAGGCUAUCUACAACAUUGACCGGCCCGACAUGAUCUCCUACUCACCCUACAUCAGCCACUCGGUGGGAGACAGGCAGAGCUACAGCGAGGGGGACCAGGAUGACCGCUCCUACAAGCAGUGCCGGACCUCCAGCCCAAGCUCCACCGGGUCGGUCAGCCUCGGGCGCUACACCCCGACCUCACGGUCACCCCAGCACUACAGCCGUCCAGCUGGUACUGUGAGUGUUGGUACCAGUAGCUGCCUGUCCCUGUCCCAACACCCAAGCCCUACAUCCGUGUUCAGACAUCAUUACAUCCCCUACUUCCGAGGCAGUGCAAGUGGCCGGAGCACCCCCAGCCUCUCCGUGCUCUCAGACAGCAAGCCUCCCCCCUCCACCUACCAGCAGGCUCCUCGCCACUUCCACGUCCCAGACACUGGCGUCAAAGAUAACAUUUAUAGGAAGCCCCCCAUCUACAGGCAGCACGCUGCGAGGCGGUCAGAUGGGGAGGAUGGAGGUUUUGACCCAGAUAACAGGAAGCAGAAGACCAGCUGGCUGAUUCUCAAGGGAGACACAGACACUCGGACUAACUCUCCAGACCUGGACAGCCAGUCUCUGUCCCACAGUAGUGGGACUGAUAGAGGCCCUCUCCAAAUGACGCAAGGGGACAACUUUUACUCACGGUUCCCCUAUUCCAAGUCUGACCCUGUCCCUGGACAUGGCAAGAAUGGCUUGGACCACCGGAAUGCCAAUCUGGCCCCUUGUGGAGCAGACCUGGAUGCCAGCUGGGGCACACGAGAAUACAAGAUCUACCCCUAUGACGCCCUCAUCGUCACCAACCGGAUUCGCGUGAAGCUGCCCAAGGACGUGGACCGGACGAGGCUGGAGAGACACUUGUCGCCGGAGGAGUUCCAGGAAGUGUUUGGGAUGAGCGUGGAGGAGUUUGACCGCCUGGCCCUCUGGAAGAGGAACGACCUCAAGAAGAAAGCCCUGCUGUUUUGACGCUGCCGCGGCGCCUGACCACGGCACGCCUGCGGGAACCACCGCACCCCUCCUACCGCACCGGCUCUGGCUUCUCUGUGUUCGCAGGAGGGGCGGGCGGGCGGCGCCUGGGCGGGGCCGGGCUGGGGGCGGGGCGGGCGGAGGCCCCACCCACGGCAGGUACAGCCCCGUUUCUGGCCGCCGCGCUGCUGCCCAGGCACCCGGCUUUGCACUGCUCCUUCCGCGCUGUUGCUUGCCAUCCAGGAGAUGCUGCGGAGUAGCUGUCCCCGGAGAUGGAACGUUUAGACAACCGCAGCCCACCUUCCUGGCCUCCCCCACCCUCGCUAGGCCCUCGGGGCACAGAGGUGACAGGACUUGAGAUUUGAGGAGGCCUGUCAAUGACAGGUCAUGGGUCGGUGGGCGCACAGCUCCCGGGGUCCUGGGGAGGCAGGGCCUGGCACACUGCCCCGGGACAGGGGGAGCGCUGCGGGCACCCAGGGCUGCGGGAAGCGUGAGGACUGGAUUUUUGCCGCCUUUGUGACGAGUUUAGGGAGAACUUCAAUUUAAGGGGGCACCUCCUGCCAGGGCCCUCCGUGCACUGCGUUGUCCUUCCAAAUCAUCCCUUAGAUGCCUAAAUGAUAUCUUUAAAGUAACAGAAGUUUUUAUUUUAUUAAAAAGUAUAGCCUACUUAAACAUAAAGACGGCAUAUAUAAAGAGUUUAAUUUUAUGGUCCCGCUAAGUGGGGAGCGCCUCCAGCCUUAUUCUCCACCGUUCGGAUCUGUGUGGUUUCAGUUUUUGGUGUGUUCCUGAUACAUAGGACUCCUUGUCUGUUUUCUUUUUGCCUUUUUGCUUUUUGCCCUGUCACACAGGUACCUUGAAAAGCAGGCAGCCCCCACCCCACCUGCCCACCUAAUGCUGUUUGUAAGUACAGCCACCAGUGUUUUCCUGUUGUUCUCCAAGUCUGGGAGAGAAAACUUCCUCCCCUGAUGGCCAAAGCCCCAGAAUAAAGGAUUUCCACGUUCCCAGCCUGCCCCUGACGUGGUUUGGUGGGACCCCUUUGCGACCUGGCCUGGAAUCCCAGCUCCGCCUGGAACACAGACACUCCCAGGGAGUGAGGCUCAUGCCUGGUCCUGAGACUGACACCCAGACACUUGGGGAGACAGGGAUGGGAGAUGUUGCCUAAAUCUGCGAAGUCAGCAGAGCAUCUGCAGCAGAGGGUCAGUGGGUCCCCAGUGGGAAGGUAUCCUGUUUGUAACUAGGUGUGGGUUUGUGUGCGGUGCCUGACCCAGGAUGUUUGUAAAGUGCGCUGAGAGGCCUGUGAAACAUGACAGUAGUGUCCCCAGA